AUGGGUAUUAUGGCACGAGAGCUAUAUAAAUUAUCUAUGGGAAAAUAUAAGAUUAAGCGAAUAUCUGGAUUGGAUCCUGCACAUUAUGGCUUUUUUCCAUUUCCAUCUCAUGAAAAUCCACUCUCACCGAAUGACGCAGAGUUCGUUGAUGCAAUUCAUACAGAUGUGAAUUUUAUUGGAACAAACUAUCGUGUAGGUCACGUUGACUUUUAUCCUAACAAUGGAAAUUUACAGCCAGGUUGCCCGCAAUUUAAAUUUAAUAAUUACAUGCAACUCGUUAAUAGUUUCUGUUCACACCAUCAAAGUUGGAGAUAUUGGGCGGAAACGGUAAAGCCAGGGAAUGAAAGAAUUUUCCCAGCAGUAUUAUGUAAAGAUUACAAAGAUUUCAUCGAUGGAAAAUGCAAUGAAAAUCCCAUUAAUUUUAUGGGUUAUGAAGCAACAUCGAGCGUUCCUGGAGCAUUUUAUAAUGAACUGCGUUCAAAUGUAAAUUUUACGGUUGAUGACUCGUAUUACUCAUAUCUUGCGACAUCCUUAAACUAUCGUAGCGAUUUGGUGCGAAUUGUCAAGAGACUUUGGCAAUUUUAUAGACGAUUGACUCGAAAAAACUAA